AUGGAAGCUGGCAAACGAUGGCCGAAAAAGAGCAAGAAGGGUUGUGGCUCAAAAUAUCGUGAAAGCAACAUCAGGCCUGGCUCUGGAGGGCGAGAAGGUGAGACGAGUGCGAAAAGUGGAAACGAGAAGCCGAUCAGUGGGCUUCGGCUCAACGUUGAAGGAUAUCUCACUGCUGAUGCAGAAUUGGGAGAAAUCGCAGAAUCGGAAGCAAUUGAGCUGGGACUUCCAGAAGGGAGACGUGAAGGCAAUCAAAUCUACAGAAGUGGCAACUUCGGGCCGCUUUAUGAACAAACUGGACGCAUGCGGGUUGCUGGCUAUGAAGAAGAUCAAGACAUAGCUGAGCUUGUUAGUGUCAAAUCAAUCAGUGAGCAAGUUCGAGCCAAACACCAAAACGCCCAUUCAGAUGAGAAGCGUUACCUGCGCGGUUAUCAAGGAUGUCCGAUGGCUUACACCGAUGGACAACGAUGGACAAAUGGCCCUGACUCGGCAGGACCUUCAUCGGAAUUGGAA